UUCCAGCCGGCGGCGUUAGGCUGCUGCACGGCGCUGGGCGGGACGCGCGAGGCGGCGGGAGCUGUUCGAACCGCCGCGAUGUCAGCUAAGAGAUCACUGAAGUUAGACAGUGUUAAGAAACAUAAUCCAGUUGAAGCAAGCCCUUCAGCCAAGAAGCAGCAGCUGAACUGCUAUUCACCAACAACAGGAACAUGCCAGAUAAGUCCAUUUUCAUCUCCCUCAAGUCAUAAUGCAGAGGAUCUUAGAAACUGCUUAUCGCAUGGAAAUGAAACUACUUCAGAAAGCAGAUUAUCCAGAAGAGGGCAGCCUCAAACAGUGAAGGAUGCGUUUGCAGCCUUGCAGUCCAAUGUGAAAAGUUCAUUGGUGAGAAUUCUGAAAACAAGAGAAAACCUGAAAAGCCUACAGGCUUUAGAGGGCAGCAGAGAGCUGGAAAAUAUCAUCGGUGUCUCCGACUCGUCUUGCAUCUUGAGAGCUGAGCUGCAGAAAACUCAAGCGCUAAUGAGCCAAGCAGAAGAACUGCAGCUGUUGAAAAGGAACCAUGGACAAUUUCCUGCCCGAGAGUACGCUCAGCCAGCCAGCAGCUCUGCCUUCCUGCAGUUGCUCCUCGACUCUCUGUAGCCUCUGUCUGCUGUGCAACUUCGCCAGCUGCUGCACACAGGCAUUAUGUGAAAAAUGCAUUCCACAUCAACCCAAAGUUCUACAUCUGCUUGAUUGUACUUAAAAGGAGAGAAGGACCAACUGUAAGCCUAUCUCCCAGCAAAUACCAGUUAGGAAUUGCUUGCUGUGCUAGGCAGGUGCACUUCUAGAUAAAAUUUCUGGCAUCUAUUUAAACUUAACAAUGUGCACAACCAGAUAAUCUCAAUGUAAAUAAUACAUUUCUUUGUGGUUAUUUUAUCCCAGCGUGUGUACAGAACGUUGAUCUAGAUUUACUGCUGCAUGGAAUAUUAACUAUUUUCUUCUAUAUAUUUGCAGUAAGAAUGUAAAAUAGUUAUGUUGCUCUGGUUUAAAAAAAGUUGCAGUAAAGCAUUUCCUGCAAGAACUGCUGAGAAGAAAAUGUUGUAAAAGAGAAGCAUUGGAUCCCACAACUUCAGGGAGCAAUGGAAAACUUCACAAAGCAUGAUGCUCUAGGAAAUGGCUGCUUCCUGCUGGGCUGCUCAAUUAAUCUCACCAGCAAUAAGGCAGCAAAGCACGAUCUAAAUGACUGCGUCUGGGUUUCCAACAGACUUCCUAAAAAUCUACAAUAUUUGACAGGUGACACAGCUUUUUAUAAUGAUGAUGGUGACCAAAAGAUAAAGGAAGCUCUAUUAUGCAAGGUUCCAAUUGCUGACCCUUUGAUUUGUUUAUACUUGGGCAAAUUACUCAUCUAUAGCUGCCACUUAAGGACAAAUUUGCCAUCUACAAAGAUGCUUUCUCUAAUGCUGUCAACAUUCUGUUGACAUUCUUUGUACGUCAUCAUUUUAGUUUGGUUUCAGUAUUAAAUGAUAUGUAGAGAAGUUUUUACCAAACAACUUCUCUUUGCUCACUAUGCUCAAAAUUGAACUGCUGAGUUAGUUAGGUGCAGCCUCUCUUGUGGUGAGAGUGCAAUAGAAUGACUUUUUCCCCAGAAUGACUUUUUUUCCCUUAAAUUUCAUGAACAGAGAGAAGUUCAAUAUAAACACAGAAAAUUGAACAUCAUUUCUUGCUAACCAGUUUCUAGAACACUGAGUAAGAAACAUUACAAUGUGUAGUUAAAUAUAUACAUAGUCAAACGUGGAUGUACUGAAGCUUUGGGAGUUUUUAAUAAAUAAAAAUUACUUUUGCAUUUAA